AUGACAAAUGAUACAAUUAGAGUAGGAGUAUUAUCUCUACAAGGAGGAGUGAUUGAACAUGUAAACAUGUUAAAAAAGAUAGCCAAUGUAAUAGUCAAGGAAUUAAAAUCAACUGAACAAAUCAAAGUUUUCGAUCCACAUGGAAUGAUAUUACCUGGUGGUGAGAGUACUGCAAUGGCCAUUAUCGCUGAAAAGGAUCAAGAGUUGUUCCCUUAUCUACAACAAUUGGUUCAUUCUCAAAAGAUUGCUGUUUGGGGUACAUGUGCAGGUUCAAUCAUGUUAUCUAAUCAAGUUGAUCAUCAAAAAAAAGGAGGACAAUCAUUAAUUGGAGGAUUAGAAGUUCAAAUAUCAAGAAAUUACUUUGGUCGACAAAUUAAUAGUUUUGAAACAACUCUAACAUUGAAUUUACAUGAUGAUCAAGAAGAAGGUGGAGCAAGUAUAAACAAAAUGGAAUUUGAAGGUAUAUUUAUUAGAGCACCAGCCAUCCUUAAAACAUUAUCCGACAAGGUACACAUUAUAAGUGAUUUUAAUCAUACCAAACCAGAUGGCACCGAAGAAACUGUCAUUGUUGCAGUACAACAAGACAACAUGUUGGCAACUGUAUUCCAUCCUGAACUAACAAAUGAUAAUAGAUUUCAUCAAUACUUUGUUGAUUUUAUAAUUAAAAAUAAUCAACAACAACAACAACAAUUAAAUAUAAUUAAAUAA